AAUUAAAAACGCCACUAUCCCAUUAUCUCCCCUUCUGCCAUUUAGCCACGGUAGAACAAGAAAAACAACGAUUCCUGGUGGUGGAGAAGGAAGGACUGUUGGUGCCGUUUGUUUAAAGAAGGAGGUCCGCUAAAGGAGGUUCAAUCCAUAUUGAUCCACAACACUGCUGUAGCAGAUCCGCUGCUCCUUUCCAUCUUGUCUCAGAUAAUCAUGGCACCAAAAGGUAGAGGUAGACGAAUAGUACAAAACACUCGUUUGGAUCAAUCUCGGCUUUCCUCACGUAGGCCAGGUGAGCAAACUGCUGAUAUUAAUUCUUCUCAACCACCGAUACACGUGUUAGGUCAACAGAGUGAUAAUAAUGAUGAACCUAAUCUUUCACAUUUGAAUGUGGGAUCAGCAUUACAACCAUCCCCACAAGUUUUGUCACAAUCGUCACCACAAUUAGAUGGUGUGAAUUCGUCUGACGCAUCUGCUUUAGAAGCAGAAGAUAAUAAGCUACCUAAUGUUGGACAAUCAAGUGUGCAAUCUGAAACUAGGAGUAACGGGAAGCUGGUAAUAGCUGUAGAGAAAGGCGAUAAAUUGAAGAGAUUUACAGAUCAUACGGUAACUCGUGAUAUUACGAAAGAUUUGCUAAGUAGGAUGCCUUCUCCAGCGCCAAGAUGGCAGGAUUAUUGUCCAAACAUGAAGGACGAGUUGUUUAAAGGUUUCCUGGAAAAACAUGAAUUUGCAUCAAAUUAUGAUAAGGCUAUGGCAAGAACUGUUUGGAAUAAGACAAUGCAUGACCGCUAUCCUGAUAUUUUGAAAAGAGCAAGGGAUAGAGCUUUUAAGGAGGCAAACUCUACUAGUAUUGCUGAUAUUAAGGUCAUGGACCUAAAGCAAUAAAAGUUGAUGUUUGGAAUGGCUUAGUUGAUCAUUGGUUAGAUUCAAAGUGGCAAAACAAGUCUGUGGCCGGUCAAAAAAAUAGGGCUGCUAUGCCUGCUCAUAAACUACACACUGUAGGGUCUAUCAAUUUUGGCGAACACAAGAGAAGAAAGGUAUAAAGAAAAAUAUUGUCUAUAACAAAUGAUUUAUGAUGGUAUAUUCUAAUAAAUGUUGUUACAAGAAGCUAAGUUGAAGCGUCGGGUAUCUUUCCUUGAAGUAUAUGAUGAUGUUCAUAAGAAAAAAAGUGGAGAAUAUGUUUCUGAAGUAUCCAAGAAAAUUAUUGACUCAUAUGGAGAGGCAAUAUCACAAAAAUAUGGAGAAGAUUUAAUAGAUCAACCUGAAGUUGAUCCUGACGUGUGGACAGAAGUUGCAGGAACCAACAAGAGAGGACGAGUUCAUGGGUUAGGCCGCAGUCUGGAUAUUGGUAUUCAUGAUCAUAGAGAUGUGCCAUUACCUGAAGAUACAGGUGUUUCUACAGUCAAGUCAGUUUCACAAACAGACAUCACUGAGGCUAUUAAAGAAGCAUUGCCUAGUGCUAUAAAUGCAGUGUUGCCUAGU